AUGCCAACUUCCAGGCAGAGAGGAGGCCCAGAAGAGAGGGAAGCUGGGCAAAGGGGAUGGCAGACUUCCAGCCUGGCCUUGUCCAACCCCUGGGCCUUAAGGGGAACUCUUCUUUUGGGAUGGGGACUAUGAUCCAGGCAAAGCUCCAGGGAGCAGGUCUGCUGCCACAGCAAAGUCUGCAGGCAGAUGUGAAGUUAGAAAGUGCUGGCUACCCCUUCCUGCGUCUUUUUAGAAGUAACAGCCUCCACCGCCGCCGCCGUCAAGAGCCGUCAGGAGCCGUCAGAAGCCCCGGCCUGGAGCGACAGCCGCGGGCGCUCCGCAGCACCAGGUAAACAGCCAUGGCAGGCUGGAUUCAGGCCCAGCAGCUUCAGGGAGAUGCCCUGCGCCAGAUGCAAGUGUUGUAUGGGCAGCAUUUCCCCAUCGAGGUCCGGCACUACCUGGCCCAGUGGAUCGAGAGCCAGCCGUGGGAUGCUAUUGACUUAGAUAAUCCCCAGGACCGAGGCCAGGCCACCCAGCUACUGGAGGGCCUGGUGCAGGAGCUGCAGAAGAAGGCAGAACACCAGGUGGGGGAAGAUGGGUUUUUGCUGAAGAUCAAGCUGGGGCACUAUGCCACACAGCUCCAGAACACGUAUGACCGCUGUCCCAUGGAGCUGGUUCGCUGUAUCCGUCACAUUCUGUACAACGAACAGAGGCUGGUUCGCGAAGCCAACAAUUGCAGCUCCCCUGCUGGUAUCCUGGUUGACGCCAUGUCCCAGAAGCACCUUCAGAUCAACCAAAGGUUUGAGGAGCUGCGCCUGAUCACACAGGACACGGAGAACGAGCUGAAGAAGCUGCAGCAGACCCAAGAGUACUUCAUCAUCCAGUACCAGGAGAGCCUGCGGAUCCAAGCUCAGUUUGCCCAGCUGGGACAGCUGAACCCCCAGGAGCGCAUGAGCAGGGAGACGGCCCUCCAGCAGAAGCAAGUGUCCCUGGAGACCUGGCUGCAGCGAGAGGCACAGACACUGCAGCAGUACCGAGUGGAGCUGGCUGAGAAGCACCAGAAGACCCUGCAGCUGCUGCGGAAGCAGCAGACCAUCAUCCUGGACGACGAGCUGAUCCAGUGGAAGCGGAGACAGCAGCUGGCCGGGAACGGGGGUCCCCCCGAGGGCAGCCUGGACGUGCUGCAGUCCUGGUGUGAGAAGCUGGCCGAGAUCAUCUGGCAGAAUCGUCAGCAGAUCCGCAGGGCUGAGCACCUGUGCCAGCAGCUGCCCAUCCCAGGCCCUGUGGAGGAGAUGCUGGCUGAGGUCAACGCCACCAUCACGGACAUCAUCUCAGCCCUGGUCACCAGCACAUUCAUCAUCGAGAAGCAGCCUCCUCAGGUCCUGAAGACCCAGACCAAGUUUGCGGCCACCGUGCGCCUGCUGGUGGGGGGGAAGCUGAAUGUGCAUAUGAACCCCCCGCAGGUGAAGGCGACCAUCAUCAGCGAGCAGCAGGCCAAGUCCCUGCUCAAGAAUGAGAACACCCGCAAUGAGUGCAGCGGCGAGAUCCUGAACAACUGUUGCGUCAUGGAAUACCACCAGGCCACUGGCACGCUCAGCGCCCACUUCAGAAACAUGUCACUGAAAAGAAUCAAGCGCGCCGACAGGCGUGGUGCAGAGUCGGUGACAGAGGAGAAGUUCACAGUCCUGUUUGAGUCUCAGUUCAGCGUUGGCAGCAACGAGCUGGUGUUCCAGGUGAAGACCCUGUCCCUCCCUGUGGUUGUUAUCGUCCAUGGCAGCCAGGACCACAAUGCUACUGCCACCGUGCUGUGGGACAAUGCCUUUGCUGAGCCGGGCAGAGUGCCAUUUGCCGUGCCUGACAAGGUGCUGUGGCCGCAGCUGUGUGAAGCGCUCAACAUGAAAUUCAAGGCUGAAGUACAGAGCAACCGGGGCUUGACCAAGGAGAACCUCGUGUUCCUGGCACAGAAACUGUUCAACAUCAGCAGCAACCACCUCGAGGACUACAACAGCAUGUCCGUGUCCUGGUCCCAGUUCAACCGGGAGAACUUGCCCGGCUGGAACUACACUUUCUGGCAGUGGUUCGACGGGGUGAUGGAGGUGCUGAAGAAACAUCAUAAGCCCCAUUGGAAUGAUGGGGCUAUCCUGGGUUUCGUGAACAAGCAACAGGCCCACGACCUGCUCAUCAACAAGCCGGACGGGACCUUCCUGCUGCGCUUCAGCGACUCGGAAAUCGGGGGCAUCACCAUUGCUUGGAAGUUUGACUCUCCGGACCGAAACCUCUGGAAUCUAAAGCCAUUCACCACGCGGGAUUUCUCCAUUCGGUCCCUGGCCGACCGGCUGGGGGACCUGAGCUACCUUAACUAUGUGUUCCCAGACCGACCCAAGGACGAGGUCUUUGCCAAGUAUUACACUCCUGUACUUGCGAAAGCAGUUGACGGAUACGUGAAGCCACAGAUCAAGCAAGUGGUCCCUGAGUUUGUCAAUGCAUCCACAGAUGCUGGAGCCAGCGCCACCUAUAUGGACCAGGCUCCUUCCCCAGUCGUGUGCCCUCAACCUCACUACAAUAUGUACCCACCCAACCCCGACCCUGUCCUUGACCAAGAUGGCGAGUUUGACCUGGAUGAGAGCAUGGAUGUCGCCAGGCAUGUGGAAGAACUUUUACGCCGGCCCAUGGACAGUCUCGACGCCCGCCUCUCCCCACCCGCUGGUCUCUUCACCUCGGCUAGAAGCUCCCUGUCCUGAACGCCGGACUCCAUGCUUCUCUUGGAAAACCACCUUCAGUGUGAGGAGCCCACGUCAGUUGUAGUAUCUCUGUUCAUACCAACAAUGGCUUUGCACAUUUCACAGGGCUACCUUGCCCACAGUUCCUGGUCUGUGGCUAAAGCGGUGGUGACCUUUUUGUUCAGACCUCAAGGGCCCCGGGGGCCUCUCAUGUAAGAGCUGAACCUAUCAUUGCUGACAAACCUAUUUCUCUGGUGUCCUUUAUCUGUCCAAUGGCCAUUUCAGUGAAAUUCUAGAAAAGGCAGGGCAACUAAGUUGGAGUUUUACUCCUGAGCUAGAAGCUUCGCCCAGACCGGUGUGCACAGGUGGAAGAUUGGGGUUCAUCUUAGUAACCCUUUAUACUUUAGUGUAUACGGGAUGCGGACUUUGUGCUUGCUCGGUGUGCUUAAGCUGUUCCCUUCAACACAGCAGAGAGCUGCCACAGCCGAAUGCCAGUUCUCGCGCCAGGGUGGAUGGACGUGGGAUUCAAGUCUAAUGGCCUUGUCCAUGUUCCCACCAUCCCUUUUCUCCAUUUGAUAUCCUCACCCUUCCAGAUGGAUUCAUCCUUUUUUUUUUUUUUUUUUUGUAUGUUUUUGCUUUGCUUUUAUGAGACAAGGUCUCUCCAUAUAUCCCAGGCUACCCAUGAAUGAUCCUCCUGCCUGUUUCUGGAGUGCUAGGAUUACAGGCAUGCAUGACCAUACGUGGCCUCAUCCUUUCUUCCUUCCUGUUUGCAACCUUGCUUAUUAUAUCAGAAAGGAGGGGAAUACUGGGUGUCUGGGAGGAGGAAACCUGGGGCGAAAAACUUGUAGCACACAAAACCUGUACACACCGUCUGAGGAAGGGGGUGGGGAGCGCUCAGUCUGCUCCACUCUGCUGGGCAGCAAGACCUGGAACAGGCCCUGCACUAUCGCACCAUGGGUUGUGGUCUCAGAAAUCGCUUCAGCAGCUCUUCCCUGGAGGCUGUGACAGAGCAGCCAGGAGGAGCCGACUAGGAGUCCUGGCUUCCAAUCUCUCUGAAGGAAGCAGAGGGAUGCUUUUUAUAUUUUGUACAUAGAACUCAACAUUUAUGUAAACAGUGUUUUUGAAUAAAGUUUUUGUUGGUUUGGUUUUUGCAAAUCUA